AUGUCCGAAAAGACUCUCCGUCCCUCUUGCAAGCUGGAAUUCAAAUCAUAUCAAGAUUGGAACAGCGACCGUCCAUCACAGACCCUGAUAUUUCACAACAAUGGCUCGUUAUGGUGGAUCAAAGUUGUCGUUGAUUGGUCUCUGCCGGAAUCGAUACUGGAUCUGGGCUAUUUCCAACGCCGGUCCACGUUUCAAAGAUUUAUUGAAGCGAUUGAUUUCGGCCAACUGCAGCUUUUGGAGGAUACUGUGACAAUGAUUACUCUAAGUUUGACUGAGCAGAGCCAAGACUCGAUCACGAUCCGGGAUGGGUAUCAAACCACAGCAAACUUUUUCAUUACAGUUGCCCAUCGAAUGUGCUGCAAGAUCACGGAAGAUCCAAAGAGAGUCACGUACCCGACUUUAGACCGAGCCAGGUGUCUACCAACAUUUGAGGCUAGUUGUCUGCAGAAUGUUGAGGUUAUUGCUCCAACAGUCUCCACGGUCUUAAUCAAUCAACACAAGUUUGCUUACAAAAUGAUCGACCGUCCUAUAUAUGAGCCUGAAGACACGAAUCAUAUCUUGGACGAGAUCGAUACCCUUGCACAACUCCGUGGAGAGCCAAACAUCGCGCAAUUAGUUGGGCUAGUUGUAUCGGAGAACCCGUACAAGACCUGCAUGUCAACCGAUAUGCCAGCAGUUAUUACAGGAUUCCUUCUUGAGUACUAUCCCGGAGGGUCGCUUGAGCAAAUCAUUAAUGAGGCCGAGGUCCAAAAUGGUUCUUUGUUGUUGCAAUGGGCUCUACAGAUUGGAAGAGCAUUAGAAUCAUUGCACAAGAGGGGCCGAAGUCAUCUUGACGUCAAACCCUCAAAUAUUGUUUUUGAUGCUAGGAAAAAUGCCAUCCUCAUCGAUAUCAGUGGAACCGGGGGUUAUAUGUGGGAAUGGCUCUCUCCGGAGAUGCAGAUGCUCAUUCAACAAAACUGUGAGACAGCUCCUGCCAACACUUCAUUUGAGGCACGGAUUGCUACAGACUGCUGGGCUUAUGGAAGAUUACUCUCGACAAUUGCUGAGAAAAGUGGCCCUGGUGCAGGUGAAAAGCUGCAAUUAGUUGCUGAUGAUCUGACAAAGGCAGCCCUCGAAGCUCGCAUUUUAUUAGGCGACGCUCUUGAAAAGCUGCAAGAAAAGGACGACGAAUAG